UUGUGUGCGUAUAUAUAUACACACACACACAAAAGCGGGAGAUAUUUCCUUUAAGAAAAUGAUGUUAUCCGUUUCCCGGUGACAAUCACUUCAAACAAGAACACACAAGCUUAAAUUCCUUGUUUUGAUUCGAACAACAAGGAGCUGAGUGUGAGACAGAACCCUAAACCCACUUUCACUUUGGCAUUUGGUAGCCGAUAGAGACGAGAAAGGCGGCGUUUUUGGGUGGUGGAGAUAAUCGUCCUUCGUUCUUCGUCUCUUUUAAUGGCAAUUCCCACUUCCCUCAUUCCCACUUUGUCUUUCGAUACUAUCUCUAGCUCUGCUUCUUAUUCUUCUUCCUCCUUUUCAUCGCAAUUUCUUAUUCCCUUCAAGCCCCAUUGCCUUGGUUUAAAGACGGAUAACCCCACCUCAAAUGGGUCGUUCAUUGUUCACUCCUUCGCUCGGGGAUUGGGUUCCAACUCUGCCCCUUUGAAACGGAGCAUGAAGCAUCAGAUAUCAUGUAUCUCUCCUGGUGGAAUGACACUAAGUGAAGCUUCCAUGUCCAUGCCAUCGUAUAAAUGGCAAAGAGUAUUGCUUAAAGUAAGCGGUGAAGCACUUGCUGGUGAUCGGUUGCAGAAUAUUGAUCCAAAGGUUACUAUGGCUAUUGCAAGGGAGGUUGCAGCUGUAACCCGUCUGGGCAUUGAGGUUGCUAUAGUAGUUGGUGGGGGUAACAUUUUCCGUGGAUCCUCGUGGGCCGGAAGUAGUGGUUUGGACCGUUCAUCUGCUGAUUACAUUGGGAUGUUGGCAACAGUCAUGAAUGCUAUAUUUCUUCAAGCCACAAUGGAGAGUAUAGGCAUUCCUACACGAGUGCAGACAGCAUUUCGCAUGUCCGAGGUUGCAGAGCCAUAUAUUCGACGUAGGGCUGUGAGGCACUUGGAAAAAGGAAGAGUUGUGAUCUUCGCAGCUGGUACAGGCAAUCCGUUUUUCACUACAGAUACUGCAGCAGCCCUCCGUUGCGCAGAAAUUAAUGCUGAAGUUCUGCUGAAAGCGACAAAUGUUGAUGGGGUUUAUGACGAUGAUCCGAGGCAAAACCCAAACGCACGUCUACUCGAGACUCUUACGUACCAGGAGGUGACUUCUAAGGACCUUUCAGUGAUGGACAUGACAGCCAUCACUCUAUGCCAGGAAAACAACAUUCCUGUUGUUGUCUUCAAUCUAACAAAACCUGACAACAUCUCAAAAGCCAUAAAGGGUGAGAGAGUUGGAACGUUGAUCGGCGGAACAUGGAACUCAAUGAUAGCAAGUACAUGAAGGUGAUUAUUGUAUGGGAAAUCCAUUAUGUAAGAGCUCGUUAGUAGGGAUUUGACAGGAGAUUUAGGGCUAUCUCUAUAUCUUUUCAAAUUGAUAGCUGUCUUGAAUUUAUAAGAUGAUUUAUUUUGUAAAUAACCUAGUGAAACUGAGGCUGAAAGUUCAACUCUUCAUCUAUUGUUGAAUGGACGUCAGAUUUUGUUUUUGGAACAA